GAAAACCAUUGGUUGAGUAGUCGUCGAUACAAACCGCGUUGGUAUAAAAAUCGUGAGAAGAAGGAAUCGGAGCAUUCAUCCCAAGCAGAGUCAAAAGCAGUUCUCUCAUCUUCAAAGGCGGCCAAGUUCCGAAUCACCGAGUCGACUCAGAAAUGGCGUUGGGCGGACCAGCUCCCCCGAGGGGAAGUGCAGCAGCUACUGCAAGCAUGCGUAGGAGGAGGCCGACGACUGGUGGGGCCUCCGGAGGGGCAGCCGGGACUAUGCUCCAGUUUUACACAGACGACGCCCCGGGACUCAAGAUCUCUCCGAAUGUUGUCCUUGUCAUGAGCAUUGGCUUCAUAGCCUUUGUUGCCAUCCUCCAUGUCAUGGGUAAACUCUACUUUGUGAAAAGAGAAGCAUAGAAGGUCGCUGACCGAUAAUGAUAGAGAAUUCAAUGUGGUAAAUUUUGGGUUUUGAAUGAAUAACUAGUUAUGUUAAGUGGUGAAAUGUUGACUUUAAUUUAUUAACUUCUUUAAUCGUUGAACAGCUGUAUUUUGUCUUUUUUCAAUUCAUUAGAGGGAAAGGUUGCUGCU